AUGGCGGGCGGCAGGCGCGGAUCCGGCCGCGGCGAUGCUGCUGCCGCGCGUGGCCGGGGCCGGCCGGGGGACUUCGGGCGGGCCCGCGCGCCGGCCGGGCCCAGGGACCCGCACGAGCAGGGGCUCCCGUUCCGGCUGCGCGAGAUCAUGCGGAGCCGCCAGGAGGUGAAGGCGCGGCUGAGCGGCAGGCGGCGGCGGGAGGCCCAGGCCGUGUUGAGAAGGAAGUUGGAGGAGGAGGCGCAGGGGACGGAGCCGGACAUCCCGGUGCCCAAGUUCAAGCGGAGGAAGGGGGAGUCGGACCGGGCGUUCGUGCAGCGCAUGGAGCAGGAGGCCCAGCACGUGCUGUUCCUCAGCCGGAACCAGCCCAGCUGCCAGCCCGAGGCUCCCGCGGCUGCCAAGAAGUCAGAGAAGAAAAAAGCGUUUCAGAAGCGGCGCCUGGACAGAAUCCUACAGCAGCGGGCGGAGAAGGCAGCCGAGAGGCUGGAGCAGGAGCUGCUUCAAGACCCGGUGAAGUUUGGGGACAUUGUUCUGCAGCCUCCAGAGCUGACUGCCAGGCCUCGGGCCAGUACCAGUGUGAGCCAGCCCGGCAGGAAGCCGCUGUUGCUGAGGAGAUGCUUGAGCCCCACUGGUGCAGGCGAGACCCGGCCCCUAAGCACCUCGCCGGCCCGUCAGCGGAUCUUGGGGGCUGAGAGAGAGCGCGCGGUGCUGGCGUACAGGGCACUAAAGCGGCAGCGACAGGAGACUCAGCCGUCCCGGUGAGCCCAGCAUUGGGACACCUGCUCCCUCCCGCAUGACAAAUUCUGGGUCUCCUCAUUCCCAAAGCGGACUCUGCAGGGCACUGUCUGCUGCCCACAGCUGGCAUGGCUCGUUCUGCCCGAUCUAGGUGAAGACUGCUCGAGACUGCUCGGCGUUGGCACAGACCCACUUCCGUGCCUGGUGCCCUGGGCACCUGGCCGGGUACCGUUGUAGCCUCUGGCUUCGGUUCAUAUGUGAAAGCCUCGGUCCCUACCCACGCCAGGAGGGCUUCAGGGUCCAUUCUCCCGGUGCUUGGUGGGUGGUUGGUGGUAGCUGUGUUGGCAGCUCUACUCUUGGCUGUGGGCCUGAGAAUGCCACAGUUCAGGUGAGCUGGGGGGGGGGGGGGGGUGGCGGUCAGCUCAGCCACAGAGCCUGCUGCUCCCGUCAGAACACCCUGGGGCAGGGCCACUCAGUGUAUAGGUGUGUCACUCGGGUACUGACACUGGCAGUCAGGUUACCCAGUGUUCGAAUUGAGGGGCGGUGUGGAGGUUCCCAACUCUCCAAGUGUCUCGCCACAGCCUGGUCCUGACCACAGCCCAGGGGAAGCGGUGGGCGGUAACAGGGACAUGGCUGUGACCAACAGCCUCUGGCCCCCUCUUCUCUUCACUGUUUCCUCUGCUUGCCAAUCCCUUCCCCACUUUCUGAGGCAGGUGUAAAAUGCGGGCCUGGGUGCCUGCACCUUCCACUCCACACGUACUCAUCACCCCUUCCCUCAACUCGGUCAACAGCCUCUGACUUACUGGCAUUUUAUUUUGCCUUUGGAUCACAACCGACGGUUCUCAGUGCUUCCUCUGGGCUGUGCACUCAAGGAUUGCCCCUGGCAGGCCUGGGGCACCGUACAGGGUGCUGGAGGUAGACGCUGGGGGAGCAGGGUGCAAGACAAGUGCCUCACCCCUCUACAAACUCGAGCCCUCAUGUGUGUUUGCCAUC